AUGGUUGUGUUGCUUUCUUUGAACAGAUCAAGCUUCCCUGCAACCGAGGGGUUGUCUGGUAGCUUAUUUCAUGAGGUGAUUAUUACAAACACCAUUCCAGUAUCAGAUAUAAAUACUAUUUUCAGUAGCAAACCUGUUGGUGAAAUUAUUUGGCAUAUUCAUGAUGAUAGUUCUGAGGUGAUUCUCCGGUUGGCUCGUCGUUGA